AUGGCUGGACAGCACCGUGUAGAGAAAAUCGCCCUCGUCAAACGAGAAAGUCCAGGGAAGGCACUGUUUCCAGAGGGAACGUGCCCCAAAGCAGAACAUGAAAAUGACCAAGAAGGUGUGGACUUGUUUAUAUCCCACACACCUGACGAAGCAUUUGACAGCAGAGAACAUUAUCUACGAUGUGGAGCGGCAUAUGGUUGGGCAAGAGCGUCUCUUUGCAAGAAGAUAAUUCGCAACAAGAGCAUGCUUGUGGUUAUAUUCUCACUGAUCGCAUUGACUGCCUAUGCUGUGUAUGUCGGCUUCAGCAUUAGAUUUUCCUUCGGGGAUGAAGGUUCUUUGAGACUGCUGCUUGGGACCGGUUUUGUCGCCCUGAUUUAUGCCAAGGUCAAGUUGACAACUCGCGUUCAUGAACUAUUGUCUCCAUGGGCCACCAAGAUAACGAAUUCCCCUUCGAUAAGGAGAACAAUCAGAUGGUUGCUGUACAUAGGGAUGGUCCUCUUCAUGGCGAUCUACUUGGGACUGAAUGUGACCAAAGCGGAGAACUUUCUCUCUCUCGCUGGACUGACCUUCUUCAUUCUUCUGGGAUUCCUGAUAUCCGAACAUCCAGAAAGGGUGAACUGGCACGCGGUAUUUUGGGGUAUCGGGACACAGUUCCUGUUUGCCCUGCUGAUACUCAGAACCAGUUUCGGGUUUAACGGUUUCCGAUGGCUUGGAGAAAGACUGAAAGAAUACUUGGAACACACUGACAAAGGAUCUGAAUUUGUAUUCGGAAAAACAUAUCAAGAUCACGCUUUUGCAUUUCGGGUGAUGCCAUUUAUUCUGAUGUUCUCCUCGACUAUCAACGUCUUGUACCACUACGGGAUUCUCCAGGGAUUCGUGGCCAAUUUUGGAUGGUUGCUUUCUGUCUGUCUGGGUACCAGCCCCGUGGAGUCCGUCAACACAGCAAUCAAUAUUGUGUUUGGGCCUGUACGGUGA